CCCAAAAUGGUGAAAAUUGGCCUCCAGUUUAAAGCUGAGUUAGAAAAUAUAACAAACUUGAAGCCUGAUGGAGAAGAUUUCAGAUGGUAUCUAAGGCUGAAGUGUAUUAGUUGUGGUGAAGAAACUCAUGAGUUCCAGUAUUUAACAUUAACGGAAAAUUCUCCGUUGAAAGGAGGAAGAGGACAUGCCAGUUUGGUGAUAAAAUGUAAACUAUGUAGCCGAGAAAACUCAAUAGAUAUUUUAAAGGAUACAAUUAAGCCAUACACCGCUGAUGAUUCUGGACAUCUCAAAACAAUGGUUGUGUUUGAUUGCAGAGGAGUAGAACCCAUAGAGUUUUCACCUAGGGUUGGGUUUGUUGCUGAAGGUGCAGAAAGUGGAACUAAAUUUCCUGAAGUAGAAUUAACAGAAGGGGAAUGGUGUGAUUAUGAUGAGAAGGCAUCUGUCCCUGUGGGAGUUAGUGAACUUGAACAUAAAUUUAUCACAGUCAAAUAGAUUUGACACAGUCAACAAUAUGGAAUUUUGCUGAUUAUGAUGAAGAGGGAAAUUUAGUGUGCCAUUAUUUCUACAAGUCAUGUCUUUUUGGACAUACCGUAUAUGAUCAAGAUUGUAGCAUUGAGUAAUGAUUUAGUAACACUUGAAAAGUUGCCUACUCUAUUGACAGUAUUUUAAUGUAAAACUAGAAUUAUUUU